UCCAAAACUUGUCGGUAUUUCUCUGUCCCCCCACCCCCCGCUCCUCUUUCAGGCAUUUCUCAAGAUCUCCUGAAAUUUAAAAUUGGGGUGUGAGAAAUACACACCCGGAAAAAAAAUUGCGGGGAGCCCCAUUCCCCAUUGGGAACAUCUGCCGGGGGAAAGGAAACAUUUCUGCCCCUCGAGGUGAAGAACGUCCCCCCCACACACACACAAAAAGUGUUGAAAUAUGAUCACUUUUUUGUUCCUUUGGCUUUGUCUUCCUCGAGUGGAAUCCUUGACAUAUCCUGCAGUCAUAUCCCCCCAAGAUCCAACUCUGGUGAUUGGCUCUUCGCUCAUCGCCGCUUGCUCAGUGAACUCUGACUUACACCUGAAAGCAGAGGACCUAUACUGGACUCUGAAUGGCAGACGUCUCCCCCCAGAGUCCUACAAGGUCCUCAAUGGUACCACCCUCAGCGUGGCUCUAGCCAACCUGAACGGGUCCAGGCAGCAGUCAGGAGAUAACCUGGUGUGUCACAGCAGAGACGGCAGCAUCCUGGCUGGCUCCUGUCUUUAUGUGGGAUUGCCACCAGAAAAACCAGUCAACAUAACCUGCUGGUCCAAAAACAUGAAAGACCUCACCUGUAAAUGGGCCCCUGGCACGGAAGGCGAGACUUACCUGCACACCAACUACACCCUCAAAUACAAACUCAGGUGGUACGGCCGGGAUAACACGUGCCAGGAGUACCGCACUGCAGGGCAGUACUCCUGCCACAUCCCCAAAGACCUGGCCCUCUUCACGCCCUAUGAGAUCUGGGUGGAGGCCUCCAACCGGCUCGGCGUGGCUGUCUCUGAAGUCGUCAUGCUCGACAUACUGGACGUGGUCACCACCGACCCGCCAGCGGACGUCACAGUGAGCCGAGUUGGGGACCUGGAGGACCAGCUGAGCGUUCGCUGGAGCUCCCCGCCUGCGCUGAAGGAUUUUCUGUUUCAAGCCAAGUACCAGAUCCAGUACCGGGUGGAGGAGAGUUCAGAGUGGAAGGUGGUGGAUGAUGUAGGGAACCAGACAUCCUGCCGGCUGGCAGGGCUGCGGCCCGGCACCGUGUACUUCGUCCAAGUUCGGUGUAACCCCUUCGGGAUCUAUGGCUCCAAAAAGGCCGGGAUCUGGAGCGAUUGGAGCAACCCCACGGCGGCCUCAACCCCUCGGAGCGAUCGGCUCCCGGGCGUGUGCGACCCCAAGAGUGGCGAGCACAACACCACGCUGCGGCGGGAGCUCAAGCAGUUCUUCGGCUGGGUGAAGAAACACGCCUACGGCUGCUCCAACCUCAGCAUCAAGCUCUACGACCAGUGGCGCGUCUGGCUGCAGAAAUCUCACAAAACACGGAACCAGGUAGGUGCUGCCCGGCGAUAAGCUGUAGCCCGCGCCGCGCUCGGCAGUGGCAGGAGAGCAGAGGGAGCAGUGGGCUGGAGCUGCACGGCACCCGCGUGUGGCUGGACCUCACCCAGCCCUCAGGACUGGGGGAAGGGCACAGACCCCCCCC